AUGCUUCCACGCCUUUCCAUAUGCACUGAUCAAGCACCGCGCGAGGCUAUACAACCACAAGCACACCUUCAAGGUGAAGAAGAGUUGGCCGAUUGCUUCUUUCUGGACGCGACCAAUUUUUCGUACCGCGAUAGAAUCUUUGUUUUUAUCGAUGAGAUGUUUAAGGUAGAACUUACGAAAAACAAUGGAGACGAGCCUUAUCUCAUUGAGAAAUUCCAAGCGGAUGCUGCGCGUCUUCACGACUGA